CCUCUGUCUAUCGGCGCCAUCGGAUAUUGAUGUUCAAAGGCUUUUUUUUAUCGCUCUAUGAGCCUAUGCACCGUUUCAAAUCAGAUUUUGUCGUUUUAUCUAGUUGUCUCCAGCAGCAACAUGUUGCUGGGAUUAAACUUUGCUGUGAGGGAAUGCAGCUGCAGUUGUCUGUGUGCCAUCCCCUCUCCUCCGUGAGGACACAGCAGGGCAGUGCGCUCCGCUGAGCAGCGCUGAGACAAGCAAAGCGUGGAGAAGAAGAGUUGACCAAAACUCCGAACAAAAGGACUUGGGGAGUUAUUUGUCCGCUUUCAAGGGUCACCUCCACAGUGCCACUUUGGUCUGGGCUGAGUGAAAGAGCAGCAGGCACCUGCAGGGCCCCAUCAGUGGCCCAAACCCCAUUACUGCAGUAUGGGCAACUUUUCCAGCAAGGACGGCCAUGGACCCACAGGGGUCCAUGGGGAUAGUUUCCACACUCCUCCUGCUUCUCCACAGGGUGAUGGGCCUGCUUUCAUACCCAGUGUCCCCCAGCUCCUUCCCCCUACCUCACCUCAACCUUCCUCUGCAGCCCCAGUUUCACCUCCACCUCCAGUCCCAACCCUCACACCCAGUGGGAAGAAAGCACAGUCCAGCACCACCUCUACCACUUCCGGUCCCCCUCCUGAUUGGAGGCCUCAUCCACCAGUCAGCUCAAAUAACUCCACCGUUAGCCCGCUUCACAGCAAGCCAGGAAGUACCGUGGGUAAAGGACAAGCUACUCUGGGGAGAAAUGGAGGUCCUCCCACCUCCACCCCUCGACCACUGGUCUCCCCAGAGAGGACUAUGGCCAUCAGUCCUACGAAGAGCCCCUCUUCUCUGAGUAGUGCCUCACCUGUGGUGAGCAGUUCUUUUGGGCCGAAAUGGAGGGAAAGGGACAGUGGUCUGAGUCAGUCUUUGUUACCCGCUCACGAAGCUGGGGAUAGCCAGGGUGAGGAACUGGAGAAGCUGCUGGAAGAGUGUAGGACAACACUGGGUAUUACUGCCAGUAAGGAUGGAGCCACAAACACAGCGGAGAUACUGAAGCAUCUACUGACAGAAGUGAAGAGUUUGAAGAGUACUUUGCAGACGGAGCGUGGGGAAUGGCUGCAGUUCCAGGCUGACCUACAGGUGGCGGUGGCAGUGGCAGACCGUCUGAGAGCCGAGGCAGAAGAAGAACUGACUGCGCUCCGAACGGCGCACAAGGAUGUGGAGAGGGAGCUGGCCGCUUCCCAGCAGAGACAGAAAGAGGCUGAUGUGCAACUGGUAACCCUGAGAGGAGAGUUAAAGGAGAGCAGGCAGAGACUGGCUACUCUCACCCAGGCUCCGUGUCAGGAGCCAGAGAGGCCCAAUAAUAAUGGAGAACCAACCAACAGCUGUGAAAGCAAAGAAGGGACCCAGAGGGGCAUGGAGAGGGGAGUGUACAGGUUGGGGCGAGAAGAAAUGGAAAGCAGGAGUCAGAAUGAACUGACGAAGAAUGUUGUCAGCGAGGAGGCAAGAACAGACUGUAAAGGCGUGACUAAGCGCUACCUGAGAAAUGUGACCAAUGAGGAUAGGAGUGGAGAAGAGGUGCGACCCAGCGAGACACGAAGGAUGGUAACCACAGAGAGGUCAAGAAGCUUGUCCAGAUUACCUGCUUCCUCGGGCUCCCCCACCAUGCUGAACGGAACCUCCCAGCCCAACACUGCCUCAACUGUGGGACCUACGAACAAGAACUUGGGGCCACUAAGAGGCCGGAGAAGUUUGGAUUGGCAAGACAGCAGACCAAGCACUGACACAGGAAAACGUGAGGAGUCUUUGAACAAAUACAACUCUGCCCUUACUGAGCUGCCUUCCACUAAAUCCCAGGAUGGUUUCAACCUACUGCUGCGUCGUCACGGAGGGUCGAAGAGAAACUCGCUGCUCCGCUGGUGUCAGGGCCGAACACAAGGCUACAAGAAUAUCGACAUCACCAACUUCAGCAGCAGCUGGGCCGACGGUCUCGCCUUCUGUGCUGUCUACCACACCUACCUCCCCUCACACAUCCCUUACACCACUCUCACUCCAGAGAACAAGAGGGAGAAUCUCAGUCUGGCAUUCAAAACAGGAGAGACUGUCGGGAUUGCACAAACCCUGACAGUAGAGGAGAUGCUGAGAGCAGGCGGUCCUGACUGGCAAAGAGUCCUGAGCUACGUGGAGAGCAUCUACCGUCACUUUGAGAUGUGACAGCCGGAGGUACUGACAGACAAUCCCAACAUAGCGGAUCCUUCAGGACUCUUCAAAGGAAACAGUGUAAAUUGUGAUGCCUCCCUGAAUACUAUACUGUACCUUUGUGGCGUGUCUGGAAACUGGAUAAACUUCUUUUAGCAAAGAAAGACAUCCAAAGCUACAGUUUGCAACUUCCCUUACAUUACAAUACCUGAUAAGGACUCUUUGGAAAUUUUAAUUCGCUGCUGUGGAUUGAAGUUUCUUCUGCUUGGUUCUCUGUAAUACACUUCAGAAAAUGUCCUCUGAGCAGGUAGAGGCUAUGGUGCAAAGUAUUACGUUUUCAUUGGUUUGUUAGCACUGUUGUAUGCAUUCUUACACCUUUCAUAUUCUUAAUUAGCUGACAUUUGACAUACAUCGGUAUAUGUAAAGAAUUCAGACACAGUAAAGUAGACUGCUUAGCAGAAUGUGACCAACUGUGAAGGAGGGGAAGGACUGAUAAAACUGCUACCUUUUAAAGGAACAGUGUGUAGGAUUUAGUGGCAUCCAGUGGUGAACACACCGGCAGUGCAACAUGGCAGACUCCCUGGCGAGGACCUGCUCCCUGUGUAGAUAUAAACGGCUCAUUCAAA